AUGUCCACUCGCUACCACCAAGCUGCUAGUGAUAGCUACCUGGAACUUCUGAAAGAGGCUACCAAGAGAGAUUUGAAUCUUUCUGAUGAAGAUGGCAUGACUCCCACACUCCUGGCAGCCUACCAUGGGAACUUGGAAGCCCUAGAAAUAAUCUGCAGCAGAGGAGGGGAUCCUGAUAGAUGUGACAUCUGGGGAAAUACUCCUUUACAUUAUGCAGCCUCCAAUGGUCAUGCCCACUGUGUCUCAUUUCUGAUCAACUUUGGUGCCAACAUCUUUGCCCUGGACAAUGAUUUACGGUCUCCACUGGAUGCUGCUGCCAGCAGAGAGCAGAAUGAAUGUGUUGGUCUCUUGGAUAAGGCUGCCACUGCCCAGAACAUCAUGAACCCCAAGAAGGUCACUAGGCUGAAGGAGCAGGCUCAGAAGAAUGCCAGGAGGCAGAUCAAAGAGUGUGAGAGGCUCCAGGAGAAGCACCAAAAUAAGAUGGCCCGCACCUACAACAAGGAGGAAUCUGGGACUCUUUCUUCUUCCAAGGGCACUUUCUCCAGGUCAUCCCUUUCAAAUGUUUCUGCUUCCAACACAUUUGGGUCACUGUCUAAGGGCAUUAAAGACACCUUUAAAAUAAGGUUCAAGAAGAACAAAGAUACAGCAGAGCCGUUAGGGAAGGAGAGAACAAGUGGGCAGAAGAAUGUGAUGGAAGUGUUCAGAGAGGAGGAGGAGGACCCCUUCUCAGGGGACUUCAAAGAGAAGCUCCAGUUCUCAGUAAAGGCGGACAGCUGUGCGCAACACGAAUCCAUUCUCAACCGUCCAGGUCUCGGAAAUGUUGUUUUUAGAAGGAACAGAAUAUUGAGCCCUGAAGACAUCUCAGACAGCAAGAGGGAGUUAGGGUUUAAAAUGCCCAGUGAAUUGCUUCAGAGACAAGGAGGACCUGAGGCUGAUGAAGAGGGAGCGGAAAACCACCAUGAAGAUGAUCUGCCUUGGGAUGAGGAGGAAGUGGAAUGGGAGGAAGAUGUGGUUGAUGCUACUCCCCUGGAAGUGUUCUUGCAGUCCCACUACCUGGAAGAAUUCCUUCCUAUUUUCAUGAGAGAGCAGAUUGAUCUGGAAGCUCUGCUGCUUUGCUCUGAUGAGGACCUUCAGAGCAUACAGAUGCAGCUGGGUCCCAGGAAGAAAGUCCUUAAUGCCAUAAACAGAAGGAAGCAGGUGCUACAACAGCCUGGGCAGUUGGUCGACACCAGCCUCUGAUGGAGUGUUGGGUCAACUGGGUGAGUCUGCAGCAGAGGGGUGAUGCUGUGGCCCACUGGAAACAUUUCAGGCAUUACCCACUCUCUACCCAGUACCAGACUACUGGGUUUCUAGGAUUUUGGAGGUGUCCAUCUAAGAGGCCCAAAUUCUACUCUGAGAAAUACUCUAUACCUGUCCACAUAAACCACUAAUGAGAAACUC